CUUCAGCGUGGGAGGGAUUCAGCAGCUCUGAGGGACACAAGGAGCUCAUUCCACCGCGAUAGGGCUAAAGCCGCUAGAAACACGUGUUUUUUUUCCAUUUCGGAGCUUUCCUGAGCUCGACAAGAAGGUUUCCACACUUUUACUUCGUGUGAUGCGCGCACACACACCAGGCUGUUGAUACCAGUGCAGGUGCUAAUGAAUAUGUAUAAACGUGUAUAAAUAUGCAUUCACAUUAAUUGAUUAAUCAGACGCUUUUCUUCCCAAAGCGACGAACAUCGGAGAGAAAACGCACUUUGUUCGCGCGCGCGCGCGCGCCCCCUCUCUGUGUCCGUCCAGCACACACUGUAUUUCUCUAACACGCGCCCGUCUCUCGCUGCCGGACCCGCGCGCGCCCACUCCCACUGCUCACUGGGGCGCGCGGCGCUGAGUCAUCGUUAGAGCGGCUACGCGGCGCGAGACACACGAUGUGACUUAGUGCACUGCAGUUGCAGCACACGCAGGAAGGGCAACGCCUUCAUCCCAUUACAGCUCGAUGAGAUUGAUGCCACGCAGGACCUUCGGCCACAGUAAGACAGUGUGUGAACGCUGCCUUCCUGCUACCUUCCCGCUGUUCUUGCCUCCUGUGCUCGGCCCCAUGGCUGGCCUGGACUGACUCAUGGGCCGCUCCCCUGCCUCUCUGUCCAAGCUGAAGCUGGGGAAGCUAAAGGUGGUGCGACGGCAGCUGCUGCAGCGCUAUGAGCACCACCCAUUCAUCUCCUGCCUGGCAGGUCUCUACGGCUGCCAGUGGAAGCGCUACCAGCGUGCCAAGGCUCAGCCGGGAGAGUGCUGCUGCAGUAAGUUGGAAUGUUGCAGUUUUGGGCUCCUGAUAGUGACGUUUUGCCUCACCUUGGUCUUCCUGUACUUUUGGAGUGAAGCCCAGAAUGAUUACAAUGACUUUGACUGGUUCAACUUUGGAAAUCUGGGCUUCUGGUUUCCUUGGUCUGUGGUGCUGCUUGUUGUGGCUGCUGUGCUCUUUACCUAUAUUGCUGCCUUGCUGGUCCUGGCAAUAUGUCUGCUGUCUGAGGGCCAAAGACUUUACCUCCACUGGAGUCAUAAGCUUGGCAUCCUGGUGACAUUGACCUUCUCUGUCAGUGCCACAGCUGUGCUGUCUGACCUCUGGUGCAAGGAGUGGACGACCCUGUUACUGUCUCUGCAGGUGACAGCACCGUACCUGCAUGUGGGUGGAGUCUCAUUGAUGACCCUCCUCUCCUGGCCUAUAGCCUUACACUUUUUCCGCAUGAAUAAGAGAGUGCGCCAAGUGGCCAUCGUUGGCCUCUAUCUUGCGGUGCUCUUUGCCCUCUACCUGGUGCCCCUGGGCAUGUACUCGCCCUGCAUUAAGGAGGAGGACACCCUGGGGCCCCCACCCACCCUCAUUGGUCACAGAGGAGCCCCCAUGCUUGCACCAGAGAACACGCAGCUGUCCUUUGAGAAAGCCGUGAAGGUGGGAGGAGAAGGUCUAGAAACGGACAUCUCUAUCAGCUACGAUGGGGUGCCCUUCCUGAUGCACGACAGCACCCUGCAUAGGACGACUAAUGUGCGGGAUGUGUUUCCCAAUCGGACUGCUGCCAUGGCCUCCUCGUUUACCUGGAGUGAACUGGUACAGCUUAAUGCAGGCUCCUGGUUUCUCUCACGGGAUCCCUUUGGGACAGCCUCCUCGCUGGAUCCAGCCGACCAGGCACGUGCACAGAACCAGUCGAUCCCCACACUGAGGAGCUUCCUGGACCUAGCAGCUCAUUACAACAAGCUUGUGAUCUUUGACCUGAGACGUCCACCUGAGGGACAUCCGUACCGAGACAGCUGGCUCAACCGCACCCUGGAGGUCGUACUCAACGAGUCCUCUAUUAAUUCCAGUCAGGUUCUGUGGCUGCCAUCUGAGGCUAGGAGUCUGGUGCAGGUGUUGGAGCCACACCUCCAGCAGACCUCGGGAUACCACGGGUCUGUGGAGCAGCUCCAGGAACAACACAUUGUCAGACUCAACCUGCACUACAGCUUCAUGUCCCAGGAGCAGAUCAGUAAGUACGCCUCGGUGAACAUCAGCACCAACCUGUAUGUGAUCAGUCAGCCGUGGCUCUACUCUCUGGCUUGGUGCGCUGGUGCCCAGUCUGUCACCACCAACGCUCUGCACAUCCUGAAGGUUCUGCGCCGGCCUCUCUUCUUCAUGACCCCGGAGGAAUACAAUUUAAUGUGGAUCCUCACAGAUGUGGUGUCUGCAGUGCUCGUCCUAGCUGUGUUUCUCUUCCACUGGUGGAGAGAAAGCGGAUUGACCUUCUGGUCUGACAGCAGACAGACCCAGGAGAACGGCCCUUACAGCAAAUUCAGGACCGAGCUGAGCGACGUGUGGUCCGUCUCCAGCAUGAGCGUUCGCGGUGUGUUCCGAAGCACCCCUGCAACGCCGCAUCUGCCCACCGUCUCUGAGUUCUAUGAGCCCACUGUGUGAUGGGGGGGGAGCAGUCACGCCACUUGUUCUGCAAAAUGUCCUCUAACCUUCGACUCCUUCAUCUCCACCGUUUCAUCCUGUGGACCUUGGAAACGUGUGGCUUCCUGCUGCCCAGUGCGACUUGCUGGGCCUGCCAUUUAUGUCAUGUCAGAGAGUCUCGCAGAUGAGGUGGCGCGUUACAGGUCAUUGCCGGCCAGAACGUUAUUUCAUAAAUAUAGUUCCUCUGCAGGUUAAACCACAAGGAUGACAGGAAGUGCCCAGUCUUGUGCUAUGUGCGUAGAUUCUACUGCACCUUUGAAGGAAUUUGACAGCAGCAGCAUGUAGCACAGUUGACUGCGAGAGGUGCACGGCCCAGGCAGCACGUGGGACCCAGUCGUUGCAGCAGUCGACCACUGUGCUUCAGACAGCUGCUGACCUUUGGUAAGGGUUUCCAGUGGCACCAGCUGUACUUCCAAACAUACGAUCAAUAUGUCCAGUUCUUUCCUUCUGACACAGCUGGCAACAUUGAAAAAUAGGUAUAUUUUUGAUCUCAUUGACAUCAUGGCUUUGGGACAAUUAUAGUGUAUCUGUGUGGGAGAGUUGAAAGCACUUUGAGCGGCUAUGUAUGUCUGAAUGGGGUUUCAUGUGGCGGGGGGGGGCAGGUGAGCUGGGAAAUUACAGCAUCUCUAGCUAAACAGCAACAUGAUUGAGAAAACACUCCGCUUAUUAAAAUUCAAAACACCAAUGUUGUAAAUGUGUCCAGUGGUUCUCUGCAAUAGCAGCUGCCUAGGAGGGAC